AUGCGGUUCAUAGGUGUAUUAUCGGCGGUCUUAUUCGGCCACACGCUCGGCCAGCCCCAAGACUCCACCAAACCGUUCGCUGGCGUCCACUGCCGAUGUCGCCCAAUCGACCCCUGCUGGCCGUUCCCGGAGGAGUGGCACGCCCUAAACAGCUCGGUUAACGGCCGACUCGUCAGCGUCCGUCCGAUCGGAUACGUGUGCCACGAGCCCGCAUACGAUAAAGCCGCGUGCGAGCAUGUAGAAGCCAUGUCGCCGAGUGGUGAAUGGAGAGCAGCACAACCAGGUGCCCUCCAAGACUACGGGUGGGAAGCCUCCCUCGCCCGCAAUGAAACGUGCUACAUCGGACCAGGCAGCGAUCGCACACAAUCAUGUCACCAGGGCCGGAUGCCACUAUACUCUCUAGUCGCACAGUCAGCCCACGACAUCCAGGAAGCCGUCCGCUUCGCAUCCGCGAAAAAUCUGCGUCUUGUUAUCAAGAACACGGGGCAUGAUGCCAUCGGGCGCUCAAGUGCUGUCGAUUCGUUCCAGAUUCUCACGCAGGGGUUAAAGGAUAUUCAGUUUAGCGAUGACUUUGUGCCGUCAACUGUGGAGGGUGGGGAGAGUGUGGGAGCGGAGGGUCCGGCUGUUACCUUUGCUGCUGGCGUACUGGGCAAGGAUUUGUACGCGGCUGCCGCGGAGCAUGGGUAUACCGUUGUCGGUGGUGAGUGCGGGACUGUUGGUAUUGCCGGUGGAUUUAUUCAGGGAGGGGGUGUGUCGACCGUUUUGGCGCCACUGAGGGGUCUCUCGGCUGACCUGGUCCUGCAGUUCAAGGUUGUCACAGCGGACGGCACUCUAGUAACUGCCAACAAUCACCAAAACCCCGACCUCUUCUGGGCCCUUCGCGGCGGUGGUGGCGGUACAUUCGGCGUAGUCGUGAGCGUCACAAUGCGCGUGUUCGAAGACCACCCGUCCGUAGUCUCUUCCCUAACCUUCUUAACAACCACCCGCGACGAAGACUACUGGGCCGCCGGCCAGGAAGUCAUCGAAAAAGCCCGAGAGCUGGCCGUCUGCGGGAGUUCCGCACAGUACUACUUUGGCCGCACGCCGACAGGGGAGCCGUACGUGAAGCUCAGCAUGUUCUCCCAUUUUGUUGAGGAUGUGAGAGUCAUUGAGAAGGCCUUCGCGCCGCUGCUUACUUCGCUGGAGCUGCGUGGUAUCGAGGCUGAAUUCAACGCGACGGCGUACGGGAAACUGACCUCGUACCUGGCCAUCCCGCAGGGACUGUACUUUGGCGGAAUGGGAUAUCAUCAAGAGAACGUCCUCAUCCCCAACGAGCUGUAUCACAAGCCAGAAGGUCCGGUGCAGAUAAUCGAGCGACUGGCCGCCAUCGAACUAAACCCGAGUGACGUCUGGGUGGUGAACACCCUGGGCGGGCAGGUAAAUCGGAACAAGCACGUGGACAGCGCGCUUCACUAUGGCUGGCGAGAUGCUGCGUUACUACUCGUGGGUAAUCGUCUCUUCGGCCCAUCAUUGCACGAACAGAAACAGGUUCAAGACCGCCUUACAAGAGUGGAGGCGCCUAUUCUGCAGUCGUUUGAACCGAUGCCAGUCGCAGUGUACUUGAAUGAAGCGGAUCCUCAUCUGGAGGACUCGCAGGAGUGGUUUUGGGGGGGGAAGUACGAACGUCUGAGGGAGAUUAAGCGGAGGUGGGACCCAAAGGGGUUGUUUAUUGUGCCACUCGGGGUGGGGAGUGAAGAUUGGGAUGAGGAUGGAAUGUGUUGGGCAGGUAAAAAAAUAAUUUAA